AUGAUGAAGAAGAGCGUCGUGAAGAACCGCGCGCCGGCGCCCAUCCAGAUCACGGCCGAGCAGAUUCUGCUGGAGGCCAACCAGCGCAAAGAAGAGGUCGCCCCGCCCCCGCGUCGUCGCAUCGCCGAUGCCGCAGAGCUCGCCGAGUACCGCAUGGGGAAGCGCAAAGCGUUCGAAGACGAGUUGCGCCGCCAGCGCCACCACAUUGGGACGUGGGUGAAGUAUGCGACAUGGGAAGAAAGUCAGCACGAGUUCGCGCGGGCCCGCAGCGUGUUUGAGCGCGCGCUGGACGUGGACUACAAGGCCACGACGCUUUGGCUUAAGUACGCCGAGAUGGAGAUGCGGCACAAGUGCGUCAACCACGCGCGGAACGUCUGGGACCGCGCGGUGACGCUGUUGCCGCGUGUACCGCAAUUGUGGUACAAGUACGCGUUCAUGGAGGAGAUGCUGGGCAACGUGCCAGCGGCGCGGCGCGUGUUUGAGCGCUGGAUGGCGUGGCAGCCGGACGAACAGGCGUGGUACUCGUACAUUAAGCUCGAGAUGCGGGUCCAGGACAUUGGACGCGCGCGGGCGCUGUACGAACGCUAUGUGGCGUGUCAUCCUGGCGAGAAAGCGUACUUGAAGUAUGCCAAGUGGGAAGAACAGUCGCAGAAGCAGCUGGCACUGGCGAGGACAGUGUACGAGCGAGCGCUCGAGGAGCUCCGUCGGGACGAAACGACGGAGCGGAUGUAUUUGGCGUUCGCUCGCUUUGAAGAGCGAUGUCGCGAGCUCGAACGGGCGCGUGCAGUGUUCAAGUACGCACUCGACACGUUGCCAAAAGAAGAGGCGCCGGCACUUUAUCGCGCGUUUAUCACGUUUGAGAAACAACAUGGCGACAAGGAGAGGAUCGAGCAAGUGGUGAUUGCCAAGCGACGCGUUGUGUACGAGCAGCAAGUGUCGGCGAAUGCAUUGGACUAUGACUCGUGGCUCGAGUACAUUAAGCUUGAGGAGCAUGAGGCGGUAGAUUCGCAGUCGUUUGGUACUGUGCGUGACGUGUAUGAGCGCGCGAUCGCGAAUGUACCACCAAUUGCAGAAAAGAAGUACUGGCGCCGGUAUGUCUAUCUCUGGAUCAAGUAUGCGUUGUUUGAAGAGCUGCUGGCGGGCGACAAUGACGACAGCGGUACCUCGUCCGAGCGCUGUAAACAGGUGUACCAGACGUGCUUGAAACUGAUUGCGCACGAGAAGUUUACGUUUGCCAAGAUUUGGAUUCUCUACGCCAAGUUCCUCAUCCGACAGCGUGACGUCCAAGCUGCACGUUUGACGCUUGGAGAAGCGUUAGGUCGCUGCCCAAAGAAGAAGCUCUUUACUAGCUACAUUGAGUUGGAGCUCAUGAUGGGCAAAAUUGACCGCUGCCGCAAGAUUUACAUGCGCUUUCUCGAGUUUGAUCCGCAAAACUGUGAAACGUGGCAAAAGUACGCCAUGCUGGAGCGGCAGGUGGGUGAGCUUGAGCGCGCGCGGGCAAUCUACGAACUGGCCAUCGCGCAGCCAGUGUUGGACAUGCCCGAGAUGAUUUGGAAGCACUACAUUGACUUUGAGAUCGAAAAUGGUGAGCGUGACAACACGCGCGCACUGUAUGAGCGACUGUUGGAGCGCACGAAACACGUAAAGGUCUGGAUUAGUUUCGCACAGUUCGAGGCGUCGGCUCUUGGUGACAAGGAGGCUCAAGGCGAUAAUCUGGAGGCCGCUCGCGAUGUCUUUGAGCGUGCAUUGCGGUAUAUGAAGGAGCAAGGCAGUGAUGGGCUAAAGGAAGACCGCGUCUUGUGCAUCGACACGUGGCUAGCGAUGGAAAAGAAGGGCGGCGACGCCGAGAUGAUUACGAAGGUCAGCGAGAUGGUACCGCGCAAAGUCACGAAGCAGCGCAUGGCGUAUGCACAGGACGGGACGGAAUUGGGUCUCGAAGAGUACACGGACUACAUCUUCCCAGAUGAUGAGCAGGCGCAGUCGCACAUGAAGCUCCUGCAGGCUGCACAACUGUGGAAGCAGAAGAAGCGCGCACGAGAAGAAGCUGCGAGUGCAAAAUGCGACGAGAAAUAA